AUGGAAGAAGAGGUGACGCGCAUGCGGGCUUUCGCCUUGAUCAGCGGCUUAUGUGCGUCAGUCGCAUCUGUAAUCCCGGACAAUCUGUUACCGUAUCGGCAUUCGAUCGCCAGACCGUGUCUUGAUGCAUCGCGGGAAGUGCUCCGGGUGUUUGAUGAUUACGAUGUGGAGUUUCCAAACUCAUCUUCAAUAGCCAUACGGAUCUUUCAUACCACCGCCUUGCAAAACAUUACCGGCAAGACGAGGUUAGCAUACCAUAUUCUCGGUCAGGCGACGCUCCUAAUCACAAACAUGCGCCUGUAUAAUGAGGGGGCCCUCAAGUCUCAUAAUCUGCUUGAGUGUCAAUUGCUGCGUCAUAUCUACUGGCAAAUAUAUGCUGCGGAUCAGGCAUCUGUAUGUCUUCGCAGUCGCCCCUUUCACCUGCACGAUUUAUUGUACAACGAAGAACCGACCGUAUGUGCUCCGGGGGUAUUGUCGAUAACUCCUCAGCUCGAUCAUUCCAUCACGCAGCAUGAUGAAACGUUUGAGAAGCGCAUGCUGAUUGCCUUCCAUUAUGUUCCCCGUCUUUGGUCGACGGCGGCUGCGCUGUUGUUCGAUAUGAGAAUUCACAAAGAACCGACAGGAGAUCCCGAUAUUUCCCAACUGACGCAGGCUUAUAUCGAAUUCCUGGGUAUCAUGGAUGGCCUUCCGUAUUGGUUACAAGCUGUCCAUAUAAUGACCUCUCCUAGCGACGAUGAUCCAGCAAAGUUCCAAAAGACAGCUUUCUGGGUUCAAAGAUGUACGAUUCAAGUGACAUUCCACUGUCUACGGCUGGUCAUUCUACAGCAAUGCAUUGACUCCGGGCUAUGCAACGUCAUGGGCUUGAACAACCAGGCCCUCACUCUGCAAAUGACCAAGGUCGGAAUGGUUCAGGAUUUCUUGCAAACCCUAGAAGACAUUCCGUUUGUCUACCUUUUGGUGAAGGGGGAGCCAACAGUAAGCGAGGGAUGCUGA